AUGGCGCCUUCAGCAGGCCACCUGCUGCUUCCUAAAAUAUGGAGGGCAGCAAGGUUUGCCUACGCAAAGGCCUCUAAGGCUAUACGAUCCAAACUGCCAGAGCCUACAGAGUACUAUCCGGUGCGAUACCAACCUGCCUAUGCCCGAAUCAACCCUCGCCAGCCAAUCAGCCGUGCCGCGGCCAUCCGUCAAGCCCGCAGUCGCCACUUCUCGACCCGUGCAGCCGGUGCCUACGCCUCUGCGAUUCGAUCCGGCCUAGGAGCGGAUACCACUGCACGUACCACCUCUCGCAUUGUGUCUAAUAUCAGUCGACUCAGCAGCCGUGCACCUUUUGCUUCAACUCUUCGUCCCAAUCUGACCGGUGGGACCCUUGGUCGGACUGCCGGAGGAUACGCUGCUGGAGCGGGCCGUUUUGGUGGAGCUAGAUACUUUUCCCAUGGGCCUGCAGCACCAGCACAAGUUAUUCAGAAUGUGUCGCAGGGUGUCCGCGCUUUCUUCUUGUCUGGGCAGAAAGUUCGCUUCGACGGCAUUGAUCCCCACACCGGAGAGAAGCGGUAUAAGUCAGUGAGCAAGCUGCAGGACCAGGCAGAGCAAAAGAUGAAUGCCAACCUGCACAGCGCGGCUGGCUCAUACAUUGACUUCCAAGUUUCUCCGACCAUCACUGCACUCAGUGCUGUUGGUGGUCUCGGCAAGCAGGACCGUUCCGCCUCGUGUGACUCUCUGAACUCCGAGGGUCUUAUGGAUCUGCUUUCUGCCGAUUUUGCCCGUGCCUUGAAGGAUUUCUCUGCCGUGAUGAACGACCUCAAGCGUCUUUCAUCACUUGGUGAUCUUCCGAUCUCCCUUCACGACAGAUCAACUAUACGGGUGCGCUUCCCGGGCUGUGAUGCGGACACCGUAGAGCAACUGUGUUGUGAGGCCGGGAUUCAGCGUGGCAAAGUCGUGCAGGAUGAAGACUUCGAUCUUCGCAAUGGUGCUGAUUUGGCUCUCCUGUUCCCUUUCGCACCCAGCAUUGCCACUUCCUCCGACACUGAUUAUUACUUUGAAAAGGCCCCAAAGUCACAAGCACAGUAUCCCGCAGAUCUUGACUGGCAAGGGAUGAUGACACCAGAAAGCUGCACGCAAUCAUCACCAGGUGGCAGUCGGGAUUCCGGCAAUGCCAUCAGUUUCGAGGACAGUGAGCUGUUUGGUGCCAAUCCAUGGAGAUCUUCCACCAAGAGCUACUCUAGUAUUAACAUCAGUGAACUCGGAGAUCAGCCUUUCUUCCCGGAAAUCUCCAGCUCUGGCCAACCGGAGAGUAACUCUGCAUAUGAAGGUGUCGAGGGGAUUUACAAGUUCUUAGCUGAGUGUGAUCAAGCUAAGCGUUGA